UGGAGGGCCCAUCUAUUAUCCGGUUAGCCUUAACGGCCCAUCGAAAUCUUACAUGAUUAGAUAAAAGCGUUCCAAAUUCCCCUGCCGCUGCCGGUGACGGCCUAAUCUUCUUGCAGGUAGAGUAGAGUGUCUGCCUCAUGACAGUCAACGCCUUGCGAUGAUUCUGAUUUUUAAAAAAAGACGAGAAUCUAAAUUAGGACCUAUAAAUCUAAUUGACGGUCGAGAUGCUAACUUAAAAGAAUCUAUUUAGUAUAAAUCGGUCCUUUGUGUUGCCACGUCCUUGGAUCCCUACAAGGAAUUUUAUCUCUUUUUAUCUGUCAUACCUGAAUUUGAUGAAGAUAUUUACAAAGGAAUAUCAAUGAUAUACUAGUAGAUUAUAUAAUUACGAAAUUGUAUUUUUUUUUUAAAAUGAAUGUAAGAAAAAUAUGAAAUGAAGGUCUUUACCAAAAAGAAAAGGAGAAGAUGAAAUGAAGGUAAGCGAGUAUCAAAACAUAUAAACUAAAAAUAGUAAGAAAAAGAAAAUAAAAAUGCAAGAAAAAGUCAUGAAUUUUUUUUUUAAAGACUAAUCUACAAGUGUGUUAACCCUAACAUUUUUUUGAGAACCAACAUUUAACACAUUAAAUUUUAACGAUAUAAUUAUUUCCUUAAAAUAUUAAGAGCUAUUUAGGUAGGUAUUAAACUAGUUUUAGGAAAUUUGAUAUAUCUAUCUUUAAUUUGACGAAGAGGAGACAAAGGCCUCGUGAUAUAAGAACGGAAAAACUUGUGAUGUCAGAUUUUCAACAAAGAUGACACACCACACCGGUCCACACCAACAUUUUGCUUUUAUAGACACUCUAAACUUUAUAAAUCUCAAAAUUAGAUUACAUGUUUAAUUAACUAUAAAAAAGCAAGCCUUAAAUAUUCUAAACAAAUGAAUAAAUAAAUGGUAAGGGUAUGUGAUGCUGCUGCCUGUCGUCGCAGACACACCUGCUUUAUGUAACGUUUAAACAUAUAAAACCUGAAAUACAUAAUAUAGGGGGUUGUUGCAGGAAAAAAAAACAUAAUAUAUGGGGUAAUUUAUUUCAGAGAAGAUAUGCCUGGCUAGCCUUUUAAUUACAUUUUCGUUUCAGAAAAAAAAACAUAAUAUAGGGGGUAAUUUAUUUUGGUAUAUUUUCUUAGAAUUUACUAGACGUGUUUUUUUGGUCAUAGAGUAGUUAUAUACCUUUUCUAUAAAAAAAGUUAUAUAAUCCAAGGUUACUCUCCAUUUACUAGUAUGUUUUAUCCAUGGGAUUUAAAAUAUCCAAAAUCUAGCAAACAAGGGACUAUAAAUACCAGGCGCUUGCUCAGCACCAACUAAUUCAAGGUUACUCCAUUGUUACUUCUAACAUUUUUCUUGAUCAAUGGAACGAGUAAGGGAUCUGGCAUCGAAGAAAGCGGCAGUGAUAUUCACGAAGAGCUCGUGUUGCAUGUGUCAUAGCAUCAAGACUCUCUUCUACGAGCUAGGGGCAAGUCCUGCGGUCCAUGAGCUCGACAAGGACCCACAAGGCCGAGACAUGGAACAAGCCCUCUUUGGGGCCUCCGGCUCUACUCAGGCUGUCCCGGCGGUUUUCAUAGGUGGGAGGUACGUCGGCUCAGCUAAAGACAUCAUCUCUUUCCACGUGAAUGGCUCGCUCAAGCAAAUGCUAAGGGACUCCAAAGCAAUUUGGUUGUGAUUAAUUACUGUUAAUUCGCUUGCAUAUCGUGAUCCAUGAUAUAUUUAUAUAUAUAAGUUUAAACUUUAAACUAUAGAUUGUGGGGAUGUGUCUUUAAAUGCUGGCACUAUGAAAUAAAAUGUUAUAUAACCAUGCAUGCAUAUAUAUAUAAGAAGAUUAUGCAUUUGAGUUUGCCCCCAACAAAAACCAGAGAAGACCAUGCUCCGGGAGAUUAGUUAAUUAUUAGUUGAUACGGACCAUCUAAUCAAUUAUAACAUAACUUUGUAAGGUAAAUGGAAACCGAAUAAGUUAGCAAUAUAUCUUCUGAUGAUUGGACAAAACAAAACUGUAUCCCUUGAAUAACUGAACGAUAUACAAAUGAAUAUCGAACUAUGCAUAACAGCAUCGCUUGAAUAAAACAGAACUAUGCAAGCACAUGAAAAGCUACUCCCAUAAAACAAUUGGAAUAAAGCUGCCCGUAACUAGCUCAUGCGUGGGAUCUAAGCGUACGACUCGUGCUUCCGGCAAUAGGGACAUUUGGAAAGAAGAGAUGAGUAAUAUAAGAAGAAAGAGAAUUAAGAAUAUAAGAAAAAAUAAAGAAACGAAUCAAUAUUCUUUUGGCAAGUUGGUACGUUUCAGAAUCAUAUUGUAUUUUGCUAUAUAUAUAUGUGUGUGUGUGUGUGUGUGCGCGUGUGUGUGUAGUUUUCUUACCGAAAGAGCUCGAAUCUUCUUUCAUUUUAACAUUCUUUAGCGCAAAGAUUCAAUCAUCGAUCAAAGGAGAUUUGUCAAGAGAAUACAUACGGUACGUACGAGCUAGCUAGCUGGUACGUUUCAGAAUCAUACGGCACGUAUGAGCUAGCUAGCUAGUGAAACGCUAAUCUUCUUAAAUUGGUAUGCAUACCGGUUUAGGAAAACGGCUUACUCAAAUUUUAACAAAUUGUUUGAUCCGAAAAAUUAUCGCGGGCCAGGCCAUGCAGAAAACACACACAAACCCAUCUAUGCGACGUGCAGCGUCAGAUAUUAUUCACGAUUGACCCCAUAAAAAUGUGAAGUUAAUAACAAUGUUUCGAAUGGUAUAGAACAACCCAUCAACGGUUAAGUGACGAUCCAAACAACUGCAGCCCUGCUCUAUAUUCUAUAGUAAUAUGUACAACUCGGGCACAGUCAAAGAAGAAGGAAACACUCCAAUAGCCGUCAUUUUAGCUUUUUUUCUUUUUUUUUUUUUUCUGUUAGGCAUCUAAUAUUUAUCUUCUUCUUUUUUGUAACUGUGAUAUUUAUCUUUCCUUUCUGAUAUUUUAUUCACGAACUUGCUAUAAAUAGCGAAGCAGAUAAGUUUCAAACAAGAAAGGUUUCUCUCUCUCUGACGCUCUUCCCUAGGUGGCCUCCUCCAUGGAUUUCCUUUUCAGGUUCAAUCCAGUUCUCCAGCCUCCAACACUCUGAAGCAGUUCUCCCAUGGCUCCGAUGGUGAUGGUGUCCCGUCUUUCGUCACUCCGGCCCUCGUCUCCUCCGUUGCGACCCCGCCCUCCUCCAGAUCCGCCGCCGUCUCUGCCUUCUCCGGUGCCGUUCGAAGCUCUUUCUCCGCAACCGUGUUCGUCGUCUCUUACGCAAGCUCUCACUCCGCACGAACCACCAGAUCCGCCGCCGUGUUUGUUUUCUCCGGUGCCGUUCGAAGCUCUCUCCCGGCUAGAACCACCGGAUCCUCCCGACGCUUCAUUCCGCCUCGUUGUUCACCUGCACUUUGACACACCAUUCACCCUCUCUCAAGCGUAUAUUCAGAAUCUGGAAACUCGAUUUCCAAAUCUGGCCAGUGGUGGUGUUGUUUCUCUUAUGUUCUUUGGUGCCACAAGAUUUGGUUCUAAAGGUUUAUAUCCAAAUCUUGUGGUUCGUGUUUGUGGAAUCAUCACUGUUCUUCGGCCAUUCAUACCAUCUCUUCAAGCUCUUACCCAUAUCUUAACUCUAAAGCCUCCAUUUAGGAUGGCAACAAAGAAAAGUGGUGGUGGUGGUGGUGGUCUCCCGGUGUCUGCUAGCGACACUUCCUUUGCCUACGGGCUCCUUUCUCCUGUGGUAUACAGGUAUCUAUUUGGGUGUGUCUAUGACACUUGUUUCGCCUACGGGCUCCUUUAUCCUGUGAUAUACAGGUCUCUAUUUGGGUGUUUCGACCUCCAUACCAGUCGUCGUUGUAAGGUCCUUCAUGCUCAUCUUAGCUCUUUAUUUACUACUUAUUCUGCUACUGUAGAAUGGUUUAGACAGCUAUCUGUAUGGGUGAUGUUGGAAUUGAGGUUCAUGAUCUUAGCUGGUGAUAUACCGAUGGGCUUAGUCUCAUUUGGUUCUACCUUUGUGACCUUUAGUAGCAUUUAUAUCGCCUUGGCGCGAGCGUCUGCAGUAUGCAGUUCUCUUAUGGGUUUCAUUCCGGAUGUUGGUGUUGUGUUUGUGUAUCUCUCUUCUUGGUGGCAGGUAGAAGAGAAACUCAUUGUCAUCUUUAUCCCGAUGAAUAUGGAUGUGGCGGGUUUUAAUUUCCCGCUUGUCCCUCGUUUGAAUCAGUCUUUUUUCCUAAUAUUUCUUCCUAUAUGGAGUAAAUUGGAUGAACAAGUUUCGUUGGUAUUGCAAGGAUCUUGCUCCCAUCGAAUGAUCUUCUCUGCGUAUGGUGCAGUGUGUGUUAUCCUACGGGUUACACUAGAUGCGGUCUUUAAAGAAGCUUAUGAUGUUGUUGUGGUACGAUUUCAUAUGGCUCCUUCUUGUGAUUUGUAUCGCCAUUAUAUCCUUUAUGUUGUUGUUGUUGUUUGUUUGGCUGUCAAUAGCCUUUUUGUAUCCUCCUUUGUUGGAGUGUAAACACAUUUAAAAUUAAUGCAAGUUUAGUUUGA